AUGUUCGAGCCCACCAGUGUGACCCAUCAUUUCGUUCUGAACCUGCGCAAAGCCGACUUGUCGACCGCCCACUGGUCCUCGUCGUUCCUCGUCGUCACUGGGUCGGGUCAAGGCUCUGAGCCCGACUACAAGACGACCUGGCGCAUCAGUUGGCUUCCCGACCGUCCUGCUUUGGAAUUGGUCGAGGACAUGGCGGGCAGUAUUCGGCCUCAGGGGUGCUCGACCCGUCUUGGCUCGUCCACCACCGUAGCGACCAUGCUGAUUUAUGAUGGCGCCGCGGAUCACCAGACCGCAUCACCCAUUACAGGUGAUGGAGCUAGUUGGGAGCCGCACGCGUCUUUGCUGGGAUGGUCAACUGAAGUGGAAAGGUGCACGCUUGACGGGAAUGUCUUGACAAGGCUCGUCAUGGGUUCUCAAGUGCCAGCGCUUAGUUUCCGCAUUUCGGUCCGUAUCGGCGAACCUGCGAAUCCAGAAGCACAACUUGCUCGCGUCAGGUUGAUGAAGGAACAUCGGAUGAUGUCUACCACACUUGAACAGGUCAGGUCAGGAUACUUCAGUGCGUUCUCACUUUUCAAGCAUAGUCUGAGCGGGAUCUGUCUUUCUUCGUGGCUUUUCCAUGCUGACUCUGAAAUCCUCGUCCCCUGCCUGCAGAAACCCAUCUUGCACGAAACCCACACGAUCUCCGCCUGUUAUUCCUUCCAUCCCGAAGGAUCCUGUACGAAAACGCUGCUUUCCUUCGAUCCCGUGUACCUCGAUUGGCACAGGUCUUGGCACCCUCAGGAAGCUUUUCAGAUUUGAAUUUUGGGUGUGUCGCCGGCGCUCGGACGUGGGCGGUCGCGGAGACCAGUGGCAACACGUACGAAACGUACGAAGUGCUGUUGGAGUGGCUUCGGUUUGGCCGGAUUAAGUUUGGGGACUAUCAUGCGCCGGAUCUGGUGCUCACUCGGGAUCAGGGAACAGCGAUGGAAGAGGAUGAUUCGCCCGUUGAUAUCCUGGCCCCUGUCGGACAUCUUAGUCCUGCCCUGCCACCGGUCCACCUUGAGAAACUGUCUCCGUCCUCAGCGCCAAACCCAGAAGCCAUCUACCGUCUUGCAGAAAGUUUGGGCAUCAAAGCACUUCGUCUCGCAGCUUUCGAAGCCUUCUCUUCCUCGUUGAUCCCAACGAGCGCUUUGAACAAUCUCUUUUCGCCGUUUUCUCGUGAUUUCGGACCCGUUGCCGAUCUGUGCAUCGAUUUUUGUGCCGUUCAACGGGAGAAACUGGAUUUGACUCGGAUCAGGAAUCUGAUUGAUCGGAAGGAGCUUGCGAUUGGCGCCGUUGAAGGUGCGGAGCUGUUAUCCAGAUUGUACGUCAAGAUCGUGCAACUUGAAUGGCAGGAUAAGAAGGGCGGGGAUCCUGUAUGUCCACAGUUGCCAGGCGGGUGGUUGUAA